UUGCUUGUGGAGAAAGCAACAACUGGUGGGGUGUUGGAGGGGUGGAGAAGCUCGCAGCCCCGGAGGGUCCAGCCAGGAGGCUGCUGUGUGGUCCAGAACCCGGGACCACCGCUGGAGCUCGUGGCCUUCAUUUCCUGGCGUGGAGUAAGCACCCAGGGCUGGCAAGGAAGAGAUGGAGCCAGAAUCCUUCUACAACCUGCUGCAGCUCCCCAAGGAGGUGGAGGAGGAGCUCCCACAAGGACAAAAGAAGAAAUACUUGCCCCCCACUUCCCGGAAGGAUCCCAAAUUUGAAGAAUUACAAAAGGUACUGAUGGAGUGGAUCAACGCUGAGCUCCUGCCUGAGCACAUUGUGGUCCGCAGCCUGGAGGAGGACAUGUUUGACGGGCUCAUCCUGCACCACCUUUUCCAGAAGCUGGCGGGGAUCAAGCUGGACGUGGAGGAGAUUGCCUUGACGGCAGUGAGCCAGAGGCGCAAGCUCGAGGCAGUCCUGGAGGCCACCAACCGCAGCCUGCAGAUGGACAAGCAGCAGGUCAAAUGGAGCGUGGACACCAUCUUCCACAAGGACCUGCUGGCCACCUUGCAUCUCCUUGUGGCCCUGGCCAAGCGCUUCCAGCCCAGCCUGCCCCUCCCAAUGGAUGUCCAGGUGGAGGUGAUCACCAUGGAGAGCACCAAGAGUGGCCUGAAGUCGGAGAAGUCAGUGGAACAGCUCACUAAAUGCAGCACAGACAAGGACCAACCCCCGAAGGACGUCUUUGAUGAAUUAUUUAAGCUGGCUCCAGAGAAAGUGAACGCUGUGAAAGAGGCUAUCGUGAACUUUGUCAACCAGAAGCUGGACCGCCUGGGCCUAUCCGUGCAGAAUCUGGACACCCAGUUUGCAGAUGGAGUCAUCUUACUCUUGCUGAUUGGACAGCUGGAAGGCUUCUUCCUGCAUCUGAAGGAAUUCUACCUCACUCCCAGCUCUCCUGCGGAAAUGGUGCACAAUGUGACCUUGGCCCUGGAACUGCUGAAGGACGAAGGCCUGCUCACCUACCCCGUCAGCCCCGAGGACAUUGUGAACAAAGACACCAAGAGCACACUGCGGGUCCUCUACAGCCUGUUUUGCAAGCACAAGCUGAAAGAGAACAUGGACAGGAAGCCUGGUGGAUCCCCGAAUUAACCAUCACUGCCCCACAAAGUGGCUUCUCAGAGCCUCCCCCUUGGCCCAGCUGGAGGGCCCCCCACCUCCGUCUCCUGUUUCCAUCUGUCUGAAUAUCUCUGAACCCACUAGGCAUGGAUCCAUUUUGAGCCAACCCCUGGCCCUGCUCAGUUUAUUUUAACAAAUGUAUUUCUGGGAGGGAUUUUGGGAGCCUGCUGGUGUCCCCUGAAGGACUCUUAAAUAUGCGUAAGUAUGGCUGACCCCUGUACGCAGCCUCCCUCCCCAUGGGGCCAGCAUGGAAGGUGCUCGGCCUCUCACCUCUGAGGGCGCCCUUGGGGGCAGCCAGAGCCCAGCGAUGUGGCUUUUGGGAUGGGAGGGGCUGUCAGGUGUCAGGGCUCAUGGCCAGAGCUGGCCUGCCCACACUCAGCUGCUGUCGCCCCCAUGCCUCCUAUUUGGGAUGACGGCCCCAGGUUUAUCAUCCAGAUACAGGAGCCCCACGUGGCUCCAAACCCACGCUCCUGAGCCACUCGGGGAAGUUAGGUCACUUACCUGCCAGAGGAACUGUGGCUCAGGCCUCCCCCUUUGGCUGAAAUCAUGAGCUUUACCCAAGUCACGAAGCAGAAAUCUUUGUGACUGAUUCAUGGCUCAGAUGGUCUCCCAGUCUGCCUGCAGGGAGGUGUCCGGUGCUGUGGGUCCUCCUAGCGUCGCUGGCUUUGCGGCUUUCUUGCUGACCAUGUUCUGUCUCCUACUCCACCCCAGCCUCUCCAAGCUGAAAGCCCUGUGUUCUUUCCAAGCCUUUCUGAGGCUGUCGUCCCUGCCUGAGGUGCCCUCAUCCCACCCACCUCAGGAGCUUGUCACUCACAAAAGGAGUGGGGACAUCCUUGCGGAGAGAAUGGCGGAGGGGUGAGCCCUGGGACAGGGUGGACGCCUGGGGGAUCCCGGUGCUUGUGGGUGGGUGCAGGGAGUGGUUCCCACAAAGAAGACUGGCAAGGAAGGGAGAGGGAGCUGCUCUCUCCAUUCAGCGCUCACUCUCCUUCUCCUCCAUCCCGAGAAAUCUGACUCCAGUUAAAGUUGCAGCAGAAGUUAGAAGCAGGAUAUUUAUAGUGGGCGUCAGUGGAAGACGUCCAGGGCCUGAGAAGGAGCUGGCAGGCUUGGGUUGGGUGUGCAAACAGCUUUGGAGUGAUGGGAAAUGCCUCGAAGGCCGGGGUGCCUCGGAGUUGAGCCGCUUCCCAAAAUAAUCCAGGGGGCAGCUGUCUUGGAUUCUGAAACUGGGUCUGGCUGCCUGAGCUGCGGGAAGCCCCAGGCCCCACACCAGCCCCACUCUGGGAACAGAUGGCACUAGGAAUAUUUUUUUCUUUUACCAAAGUCAGCUGGUAAGCGAACAGCUUGUCUGGAGAAAAGUGUGUUCCUCCUCCUCUCGCUUUUGGCAGCAGAUCAAAACUGCCACCGCCCCUACCCCCGUCCCUGCCCCCAUGGGUCUCCUUCCUUAUACGAUCUGGGCAGCCAGGCAGAGGGCCUCACGGGCCUUUCUUACCUCGGAGCUCACAGGGGCCUAAACCGAUGGGGAUUUGACCCAGGGAGCAGCCGGGGCCACUUGGUCCAUGGGGCCCUGUGCUGAGCUGGGGCAGCAGACUCUGGGAGGCCCGGCUGGUUGGAAAACAGACAGUGGGGAUGUCCCAGAAAUGAUUCUUCCAGGAAGAGCCGGCCAAAGGACCUGGGUGGGCCAACGAUUGCGUUCCAAAUCGAUUGGUAUGAUUAUUGCCCACAAACACGAUGCAUCCGUGCACCGGUGGGUUUUCAUAUCCAUACAAAUCCUCGUGCACAAGCCAUUACUCACAAACCUUCCCUGGACACGCACUGUGUACAGGCCCUGGGCUUCGAGAUGAGGCCAUAGAGGCAGCUGAGACGGAGGCUGUGUCCUGGAGACACACACGGCCUGUGAUGGAAGACACAGGGUGGCGUAGUGCUCGAGUCAGACUCUGGAGCAUAAGUCCUGGGUGCAUCUUCUAUUUGCUCUGUGAUGCUGGGUGAAUCACUCACCUGCCUAAGCCUCAGUUUCCUUCACUGUCAAAUGGAAGUAAUAGGGAAUCUACUCCUUGUGGGGUUAUUAUGAAAAUUAAAGAAGAGAAUCUAUCUAAAGAGUUU